AUGGCAAAUCUUCGUCCGAUUCUUUACGGGAGAUGGGCAAGUUCAUGUUCCUGGCGAGUCAGAAAUGCUUUGGAAUUCAAGGGAAUACAGUAUGAAAGCCGGCACGUUCUCAUAGAUCAGCAGGUAUCUUGUUUUUACAGUAUUUUUAAUCGAUGUCUUAAGCAGUCGACCCAGUUCUUGAGUAUAAACCCCUCAGGGCAAGUUCCUGUUUUUAUCCAUGGAAGACAAAUCUUGACGGAAAGCAUGGCCAUCAUUGAAUUUCUAGAAGAAGAAUAUCCGAUGACACCAAAAUUAUUGGGGGGAGAUUCCUACCAAAGAGCUGUUAUUCGUGCUCUAUGUCUGAAUGUAAGCGCAAUAUACGCUUUAAAAAAAUCGUAAAUUGGACAAAAUCGGAGAAAAAUGGAAUAAUCUGUGUAAUGCGCCUAAAAUGGGGCGUCAAGAAAUUAUGGGUGGUGCAAACUCGGGUGGCCGCAUUCGGAUGGUCCCUUUCUCGGGUGAUGGGUUUGAGUGGGUGAAUGAGAUGUUUUGGGGUGGUAAUUCUUGGGCGAUGAAGCAAAUGCAUUGUUAUGAUGACGUAACGUCGAAAAUAAUAUCUUUGGAUUUUUUGCAAUUUGUUAAUUUUUGGAGUUUCGACCACGAGGUGAAUGUUUUUCAAAAAUCGCGGUUGGUUCUACGAUUAUCGUUAUACAUAGUUGUAAGAAACAGUGAAAAUCACUGAAAGGAUUCUUAAUUUGAAAAUUCGCCCGCCCUGACUUUUUCUGCACAUUGCACGUCGCCGAAAUCACCCCACCGACUAUGCCAACAAGUAGGCAUAGUUUAGACGCUUAGGACGAAGGCGGCAAGACACAUUACGCCUGUUUUGUCAUAGCCCUAAAAAAAUCCUGUUUUUAGCUAAUAGCCGGCAUUCAGCCACUACAAAACAUAGCCACAGUCAGAUUCAUCAACGAAAACGGAGGUGAUUCCCACAAAUUUGCUGAUUUUUUCAUUCGAAAAGGCUUGGGACUUCUGGAGAGACGACUUUCACAAACCGCCGGUCAAUUCUGUGUAGGGGAUAGGAUCUCCCUCGCCGAUGUGUGUCUGAUACCUCAGUUAUUUAACGCCAAAAAGUGAGCCGCUUUAAAAAAUUGUCGUUAUUUUUCCAUUAUUGUUUCGGUUCUUUUCAGGAAAUUCAAUAUGGAUUUGAGUGAAUUCAAACUGAUCAACGAAAUAAAUGAUAAUUUAUCGGAAGUGCCAGCGUUUCAACGAGCUCACGCCCUCUCACAACCAGAUGCUCCAUCCCAAGUCAAGGUGAAAGAACAAAGUCUCUGA